ACAGUCGGCGGCAGCAGGCGCCGCCUGGCGGGCGGUACCUGAGCGCCGACCGUAACGGUGCGUCCGCCGCCGCGCCGCCGCCGCCGGAGUCAGUCGUCACGGGCGCACCGUGGCGCGGCGGUGGUGCACAGUGGUCCACGAGACACCGGACGACACAACAGAGGUCAAGAUGAGCUGGCUCUCGUCCCUGUUUCCCGUCUUUCUUCUGGUGUGCCUUCCAGUUUUAGCACAGGACCUCUCGUGGCUGCAAAGACAGGCGCGCCACCGGCCGCUGCGGCUGGACGACAGCUCCCUGACCACCCUGGCACUGCUGGACCAGACGGCCGACCCGCGCGGUGAUGUGUUCAUGUCGCUGCUGCAGCCGAUCCUGCGGCCCAGAUACGUCACCAGCCCGGCACACGAGGAUGUUAGACAGCACAUCGUCUCCGUGAUGACGUCACUGGGGUGGACGGUGGACGGUGACAGGACGUUCCGGAUGCGCACGCCGCUCGGUCCGAUGCCGUUCACCAACGUGGUGGCCACGCACAACCCGUUGGCGCCGCGCCGGCUGGUGCUCGCCUGUCACUACGACUCCAUCUACAAACGGGACGAUUUCGUUGCGGCCACUGACUCGGCGGUACCCUGCGCCAUGAUGCUGUACCUGGCGGCACUGAUGACUCGCGACUACCUCGACCCCAUGAAGGGCCAGUCGGACAUCUCGCUGCAGCUGAUGUUCCUGGACGGGGAGGAGGCGUUCGUCCGCUGGUCGGACCGCGACUCCAUCUACGGCUCGCGGCGACUGGCCCGCGAGCUGCAGAGCUCCGUAUACCAGCAGCGACCGAGCAGGGGAGGCCAGGAGAACAUCUCCGACCUCGACCGAAUCGAUCUGUUUGUGCUGCUGGACCUCCUGGGAGCCUCAAAACCGACCAUUUCCAACUACAUCACCGACACGAACGCCCUGUUCCGCCACCUGGCCGGCGUCGAGAAGCGACUGCGGCGCGGCGGCCUGCUCACAAAGGCGCCCAACGUGUUCCGCUACCGCAAGUCGUGGGGCCUCUGGGGGCCGCCGCAGAUCAGCGACGACCACCUGCCCUUCCAGAGACGCGGCGUAAAGGUGCUUCACAUCAUCCCGAGUCCGUUCCCGUCUGUAUGGCACAAGAGUUCUGACGACGCUUCGGCCAUCCAUGGUCCGACAGUGACCAAUCUGAAUCGAGUGCUGCGCGUCUUCGUAUCCGAGUACCUGCACCACGCGGCGAUACAGACCGUCUAGAUGUUGACACUGAAGAGUGCGAGUAUAAACCAAAUUACAAACGGAGGAAUCAUCGGCUUCCACGACACCAUGGAUAUAAAGAAGCCACCCGAUCCGUUAUCAGCCUCGGUCGCUUUACCGGCGGCGGCCGUUACCACGGUUGAGCGUGUUAUAGUCAUCACGGUCAAGCGGACAUAUGUACGUCGUCACGGUCGAAUGGGCUGCUCCGGUUUACGAGCGUGACAUUCAGUGUCCCCUGUUAACGGUUGUCUUUGUUAUAAACGAUGUUGUUGUAACGUUAAAAACUUGUGUCGAAACCUCGAAACGCUGUGCGUAUCUUGGAGUGUUGUGUUGGAUUGUUGUGUAUUUGUGUGUCCUAUUUAGCGGUUUUGUUUGCGCUUAUGUUGAUCAUUCUCAGGUAGGUAUACAUCAUUACUGGUUUGUUACUAACCUCUAAACCAUAUAUUAAGUAUAGCGUGCAUUACCGAGGGUCAGACGAGUGACGACACGUUGAUUUGAUGAUUGCACUGCGGUGAAUUUCGUCCGUUUUACAAUAAUACAAUGGAUCCGACGACACUGA